GCACAUUUUACAGAGGAUUAUGGGCUGUGAGUGGGAUGAAGAGACUGGUGAGAUUAAUGGUUUUGACCAGUUUGGUUAUGAUGGAGAAGACCUCGUAUCAUUUGACCUGAAGACUCUGACAUGGAUCGCUCCGAAACCACAGGCAGUCAUCAUCAAAGUGAUUUGGGAUGCUAAUAAAGCUAGAAUAAAAAACACUGAAAAAGACCUCACCCAGGUUUACCCUGAGUUGCUUAAGAAGUAUGUUGCCUUUGCCAAAGACUUUCUGCAGAGAACAGAGCAUCCCUCAGUGUCUCUCCUCCAGAAGUCUUCCUCCUCUCCGGUCAGCUGCCACGCCACAGGUUUCUUCCCCAACAGUGCCAUGAUGUUCUGGAGGAAAGAUGGAGAGGAGCUUCAUGAGGGCGUGGACCCCGGAGAGGUCCUCCCCAACCACGAUGGGUCCUUUCAGAUGAGCAGUGAUUUGGACGUUUCAUCAGUCGCACCUGAAGACUGGGACAAGUACGAGUGUGUGUUUCAUCUUUCUGAUGUGAUGGAGGACAUCGUCACUAAACUGGACAAAGCAGUGAUCAGGACCAACUGGGAGAAACCUGGUAACAUGAUCAUCACCAUCACUGCCGCAGUGGCUGUUCUUGCUCUCGUCUUAAUCUUUGCCGCUGGAUUCAUCAUUAACAAAAGGAAGACAGGUGAGAGAGAAAAAUGGAAAGAGCAUCUGCUUUAUUGGCUUUUUUUUAGCUCUUUGAUUUUAGUCUGA